AGUAUCAAGGAAAGAGAAAGAAAACUCCCUCGUGCAGAAGUGUUCUGCUUCUGUGACUGUGCUGCUGUCUGAAAUGGACAAAAUAUACUGACUGACCAAAAUGGCGCCUGAACUGCUGGAGUCCCACAUGAAACUGUUCACAGCAGCUUGUCUUCAGAAACGUAAAACAGAAACAACAUUUCUUCCCUCAUCGCUGAGUGAAACUUUUGGUUGAACAAAAUGCCUCACUCAGACAUUCAGUACACCAGAGUGCGAUGGUUAUUAACCAUCGCUGGACUCUUCCUGUAUAUGGUGGACAUUUGGACAGACGUUGGACUGGCCCUGAAAUAUUUUCAACAGAAACAUUUCGUGUGGAGCGGACUGACUCUAAUGUUUGUUCUGGCCGGGCUGCUGGUUACGCAGAUCUUCAGCUAUGCCUGGUACAAAGACGACAUAAAUGAUGUUUGGAUAACUCCUGAGGGAAAAACGGCCUUAUCCGGCAUGUCUGAAGGUGGACUUGCUGUCCUGCACCUAUUUUGCUUGGGCAUCUUCACCAGGUAUUAUCACCUGCUCAAACAAGGGUUCAGAGGGGUUUGGACGGCAACAAAUUCCUACACCGUGGAAGAGAGGAGAGAUGUGCACCACAAUCUGUUCUGCCUGGCGACUGAUCUGAGCAUGCUCAAACUGUUUGAGUCUUUCCUGGAGAGUGUUCCCCAGCUGCUUCUACAGCUGUACAUAGCGCUGGGCCAUGAAGAGUGCUCAGUGAUGCAGUAUUUAUCUAUGGCGUUCUCCUUCUUAAACAUUGCCUGGGCCCUGGUGGACUACCGCCGCUGCCUGCGCAGAUCCCUCCCCCAUAUCAGGGAGAUGCCGUCUGGCCUCCCCACAGCAAUCUACCUCCUUUAUAAACUCUGUACCAUCACCAGCCUGAUCCUCAGCUACACCCUCCUCCUCAUACUGAGCACCUACAGCACCAUAGCCCUAACUGUCCUCUGGCUGAUGUGGACAACGUGGACACACUUGCUUCAGACCAACUUCUGCUCAUCCCUAGGCCUCGAGUUUCUGUACCGAGCGGUCAUCGGGGUCAUCCUCACGUUCACCUUUUUCAACGUGAAAGGACAGGACACCAGAGUAGCCAUGAUCGUCUACUACUCCUUCUGCUCUUUGAUAAACAUCACGGCUCCUUUCCUGCUGGCCUUCUUGAAGCCGGAGUUUCAGACAGUCACGUUUUUGACAGUCAGUGGUUUAAUCUUUGGAUUUUCGGUGCUGGGGCUGGUGUGUCUCGUGCUGUACUACCUCCUCCUGCAUCCAAGAGGGGUGUGGCGAGAGGCAGAUGAGGUGGACGGCCUGGGAAAAGAAGCAGAGGCCGAAAAAAGAAUAAGGAACUUUUUACAGCCUUGAUUUUUAUUUUAUUUUAUUUUAUUAAUCUAUUAUCAAACCGGGUUAUGGAAGAGGAAAAAAAGGGCCUGUGCAGAGAUGCCAUCUUGAUAUUGUGCCCGUCAUUCAUCACAUACUAAUGCGGCUGUCAAGUUAUCUCACCACAUUUUGAAGUGGAGCUUGCAAUUAAGUGCACUUAUGGAUACAUUUUAUUUAUUCUGUUUUUCAUAAUAUCGAUAAAGAUAUAUUUAUUCUUAUCAUAUCUAUAAAAAGGAAUGUAUUUGCUCAUCAUAAUGAACACUCUCUAGAUAUUGAUUGCUUAAAGAUAUUAUAUAUCACUGCAAUGAAGGCAAUCCACUAAUAAUGCAUUGUAGUCAAAUAAAAAAAAUAUUA